GUUCAUCAUUCAACAUGGCUAAGGUAAUAAUAUUGGUAUCAAUUUUUGUGACUUGCGCUGUAGCGAAGGAUUCUAAAAGCGAACCAUCGUCUUUACGAGCUAUGAAAAACCAAGAGUAUUUGGGAUCUGGAUCGGAUCGUGGCAAAAUCGAUGAAGACAAGGAAAUUGAAUUCACUGAAGCAGAAAAUAGAAUAAUACAAGAUGUAUACAGCCCUGACUAUUACGAGCCGCAUAUUAUAUUGGACUACAGAUAUCUGAAGACGGGCGGGAGAGGUUACGCUCGCAGUGACGGAGGGCAAGUUUUAAUACUACCUAGAAGAAAUCACAUGCCGUCCCCUAAUAACAACUAUGAUACACUCCUAGAAUAUCUCCGCUUAAAACAUUUGAAAGAAAUAAGUAAGCCUUACCAUCCGAAUUCGAGAAUAAAUAAAAAUUACAGAGAAAUUUUAAUUGAAGAUAGAAACUAUGACAUGAAUAAAUAUAUGGAAAAUCCCCAUCGUUAUAACAGAAAAAUGAGUCGACAUGACGCAGAGGAAAAUUUCAAAUCAGACGCCGAGUUGGGCUCGUUCCUGUUAAAGCGCGAACAUUAAAAAAUAUUAUAACUUUAUUGCUUCAAGUUUAAUUUCUCAUCAAUAAAACGAGCAUUUUUAUCUUCAGACUUAUUAUGAAGGUUCUUCAAUGUUAUCUUCGUUACAUAAUAUUUUCAAUAAAGUUACUACAGUUUACAAGCAAAGGAUAAAAUUUUAUGAACAGUAAAAAAUCUCUGAAUUGAAUCAAUAUUAAUUUAACAUGGUGUUGUAUAUUCCAUAUUAUAACAAUAAAACAUAAAUAUAGAAAAUGUAUAGAAGUGUUUUUUAUGCUUUUGUAUUUUACUUUUGUAUUCAAAUAUAUAAAAUUGUCGAAAAUCUCGUCAAUGGAAAAAUACUUUCGAUUGAUUUAAUUUCAUAAUCGUUCAGAAAUAUUAAUUACUUUAAACCAAUUUUUUAAGAGAAAAAAUAUAACAUGUUCUAAAUCACUUCGGAUAUAACAUUUCUAAUUAUUGCUUGGCAUUUCCCGACAACUCAAUGCGUUUUUUGUCCAUACGUAACCAUUUAUACUGAAUGCCUAUGUAUAUGCCCUGUCGCCAUCAAUUUAAUAUUAAGACUUUUUAUAUACUAUUUACCAGCCAGUAACAUGAAAAUUAAAAAGUUAUACAUGACAGCAGUAAAAAAAUUCAAUAUAAAUAUAUAAAUCAAACAGUCGAUUUAUUUGGAAAAAAGUUUAAUCGAAGAAUUGAUAAUG